CAAACAACGAAAGUCUCCUCUAAUGGCUUCCAGAAAACGGUUAGUCUCAUCUUCAACGAAUGGCACCCACACUGUUUACUUGAUGUACAAGAAAACGGUUGGUCUCCUCUAAUGGCUUCCAGUUCAACUUCAUUCCUGUUAACCACCGCACCACCGCAGGGUGUCAGGUUUAACCGGAGAAAACCGAGGUUAACCGUGUGGGCUAAGCAAACGGCGUUUCAAUUCGGGAAAACGAAGGGCGAUGAUGACUCGGAGGCGAAACAAACGGAGAAAUCGUCAGAUUCGAAACCAUUCCGGUUCAAUUUCGGUAAGCUACCGGACAUGAAGUCACUCAUGCCGGUGGUGACAAACCCUUCGACCGCUUUAGUGUUUGGUAAUAACAGAAAGAAAGAUCCUGGUACGGUUUUCGUGGCCGGUGCUACGGGACAAGCUGGUAUACGCAUAGCUCAAACGCUCUUACAACGAGGAUUUAGCGUUCGAGCAGGUGUUCCUGACCUUGGAGCCGCCCAAGACCUUGCUCGUGUUGCGGCUACUUACAAGAUUUUAUCAAAGGACGAAGUCAAGAGGCUAAACGCAGUUCAAUCCCCUUUUCAAGACGCUGAAUCAAUCGCAAAAGCGAUUGGAAACGCGACCAAAGUUGUGGUUACUGUAGGGGCAACAGAGAACGGUCCUGAAGACCAAGUCUCGACCUCAGACGCGUUGCUCGUGGUACAAGCGGCUGAGCUUGCUGGCGUAAACCAUGUAGCAAUCGUGUACGACGGGAGCAUCAGCGGAUCCACGUACAACGUUCUAGACGGGAUUACUUCGUUUUUCGGCAACCUUUUCGCAAAAUCUCAGCCAUUGACUAUCUCUGACCUCAUUGACAAAGUAGCUCAAACCGAUGUGGCGUACACACUCAUAAAGACGAGCUUGACUGAGGAUUUCUCCCAGGAGAAAUCUUACAACGUCGUCGUUUCAGCUGAAGGGAGUAACAGCGGCAGUGGGAGUACUUCGUCCGAGGCCUACAAAGUCCCCAAGUUGAAGAUUGCGUCUUUGGUUGCAGACAUUUUUGCUAACACGGCCGUGGCAGAAAAUAAGGUGGUGGAAGUUUCUACAGAUCCAUCAGCAGCCUCGAGGCCAAUAGAUGAGCUUUUUAGUGUAAUCCCGGAAGAUGGGAGGAGAAAAGUGUUCGCAGACGCGCUCGCAAGGGCAAGAGCUGAGGAAGAAGUUAAAGUCGCAGCUGAGAAAGCCCGAGAGGCAGCGGAAGCAGCGAAAGAGUUUGAGAAACAAAUGCAAAAGCUAUCUGAGAAAGAAGCAGAAGCUGCUAGCUUAGCUGAGGAUGCGCAACAGAAAGCAGAAGCCGUGGGAAUCACAGUGGACGGUCUAUUUAACAAGGCGAAAGAUAUCGGCUCAGGUCUCUCCUGGAAUAAUCUUGGUUCUCAGUUUGCUACCGCGGUUCAGAACGCUUCAGAGACGUCUAAAGUACAGGUUGCUACGGUCAGAGGACAGGCGAAAGCUCGAAACUUGCCACCCAAGAAAGCAGUGGUGAAACAGAGUAACGCUAAACCCGCUGCAACAUCUCCGUUUGCAUCCAAACCGAAGGAAGAGCGGCCGACGAAGCCGGAGAAAGAGGUGAGGAAAGUGUUUGGAGGACUGUUUAAGCAAGAGACCAUCUACAUGGACGAUGACUGAAAACGCCAUAAAAGAUGCCGUUUUGGAGUUCCGUACAGUUUCCUUUUUUUUUUCCCUUGUGUUUCAAGUUAAAUCUCUGUAAUCAUAUGAUAACUAUAUAUAAAUCCAUUAUUGUUCUCUUCUCUCUUUGAAUCCCU